AAUAACCUAGCAUUUUCAGUGUGCAUAUUUCGUGUUAACUUAUGAAAAGUUUAGUUUGUGCAAAAUUACUUGAGACUGAAUUUACACAUUUUGCAACACAUCUGAUGACAUGCCCCUUAUGUAAAUAUUUAACUGUUAACCACAAGCUUAAACAAAAAAAGUUCAGCCUCCACCCACCCUUACAGUAUAUAUCCCACUGUUUCCUCAGUCAGAUCUCAUCUUCAUCAUGAUCAUCAUCGCUCUGCUCCUGUUGGGCUCUCUGCUGCCAAACCUGAGCUUUACUGCCAGUGUCAAGGUGCGUAUAGUGAAUGGCACUGAAGCAAAACCACACUCCAGACCUUACAUGGUUUCUGUAGUGGAAAAUGGGAUACAUAUUUGUGCGGGAUUCCUCAUUUCUGAUCAGUUUGUCUUGACUGCUGCACAUUGCCGAGAUGGCGGUGAGGCUUUAACAGUUAUGGCAGGUGCACAUGAUUUAGUCAGCAAAAAGGAAAAGCAUAUCACCGUUAGUGUGCAGGCUUACCACAAGCAUCCAGACUACAACCCUAAAUCAAGCACACCUAAUAAAGGCGACCUGAUGAUUCUGGAGCUUCGUAAAAAAGUCCAACUAAAUGACAACAUCAAGACGAUCCCCAUACCAACAACACCUGAGGAAAUCAAGGAGAAUACUGCCUGCAGUGUUGCAGGCUGGGGAUUUGUGACGAAUAGAGGUCCUGCAAGUCUAACCCUCAGGGAGGCAAAUGUAAAGGUUAAGAAUAACAUGGACUGUGCCGCUCGACGGGCCAAGGUUUAUGUAGCUUCACAGAUGAUGUGUGUAUAUGGCGAGGGAGGGACCUGUCAGGGGGAUUCAGGAGGUCCUUUGGUUUGUGGCAACACUGCAGUGGGCAUAACAUCCUUUGGUCGCAAAGACAGUUGCAAUGAUCCUGUUGCACCUAAUGUUUCUAUUAAAAUUUCUGCUUUUCUCCAAUGGAUCAAGAGCAUAACUAAGAUUUAGAAAUUUAAAAAGGAUUUUAAUGAUUUCAAUCGUUACAUCAGAGUGAUGAUCUUGGGAGUGUUUAAUGUUAAUUUUUUUUGCAAAUGUGUUUUCAAAUAAAGCACUGCGUGUCGAGCAUCAAUAGCAUUAAGAUUUGUGCUUACUGAAAUG